GCUUCACCUGAGUCCUGCAGCUUGACUCUGCGCCUGCGCAGUCUGCGGCCGCGCGCUUUUACACGUUUUUUUCUGCGCAUUUGUGACUAAACGUUUGCGCUCCAUGUGCACGGAGGCCGCGGUGAGAAGACCCGGCGUGGGGGUGGGAGUUCUGGUCACGGACUCGGAGCAUCCCGGCUGCGUUUUACUCGGAAAACGAAAAAACUCCACGGGUCACGGCAAAUAUCAACUUCCGGGAGGUCAUCUGGAGUUUGGAGAGUCGUGGGCGUCGUGCGCACAGAGAGAGGUUCUGGAGGAGGCCGGGGUCCAUUUAAAAUCCGUGCAUUAUGUUUUUGUGGUGAAUUCUGUGAAACUGGAGGAGAAUUAUCACUACGUCACACUGUUCAUGAGAGGAGAGCUGGACAGAGAGCGAUCAGACGAGCCUAGAAACAUGGAGCCGGACAAAAACGAGGGUUGGACGUGGACACAGUGGGAUUCUUUUCCUCCAGACGAGCAGCUGUUUUUGCCGCUGUCCGACAUCCGGAGACGAGGAUUCCAUCCUUUUAAAGACUCGCACACACAGACGAGCUGAACAUGAACAUACUGUAUGUCCAGGGAUUUGUUUUCGUGUUUUUUAUGUUUUUAGUACUUUUAUUAUUAUUAUUUAAAGUGUCAGCAUCAGUAAACGUUAGAUUCAAAUUUUCACAUUAGGGAGUUCCUUAACAUUUAACUAGUAAUAUUGUACACUGUGCCAAAACUCCUUGAACGUACACAGAAAUUAUAAUUUGACAAAUAAAAAUAUAAGAAAACACCUUUAUUUUGUUUAAAUAAUGUGAAAAAUAUCAGAAUAUGCUCUUUGUGAUACUCUCAGUGUGAUGUCAUCGAUGUCUGUCUAAAAUAAAACUCUCUACUUCAGGUUUUACAAAAAUUGCUUCUUGAUUUGUGUAAAACUAUGAUUUAUAUUUACAACAGGC